UCCCCUUGGCUUGUGGAGAGGGGAGCAUCAGAGAGGCCUGCUGCGCAUGACAGUGGAGGCGGCCAGCACCCUCCGCUUUGCCAUGGAUGGCCACGAUGUGCCUCCGGCCACGUCCAGCGCCACGUCCGCCUCCAACAGCCACCCAGCCGGACCCCAACUCUCCGUCUACAGCGGGAUCCCCGACCGGCAGGCCGUCCAGGUGAUCCAGCAGGCGCUCCACCGCCAGCCCAGCACGGCGGCCCAGUACUUGCAGCAGAUGUACGCAGCCCAGCAGCAGCACCUCAUGCUCCAGACCGCCGCCCUCCAGCAGCACCAACACCAACACCACCAACACCACCAGCAACAACCACAACAGCAACACCACCAACAACACCACCAGCAACAACAACAGCAACCGCAACCGCAACACCAAAGCCUGCCCACGCCCAUCCAACAGGCCAACCUGGCCGCCAACCGCCCGGGGGCUUCGUCCGGCAACAAUGGACCCGCGCAGACCCCCGCCCAGCAGCAACCCACGCUCAGCCUCUCCUCCUCACCCGCCGCCGCCCAACUUCUCACCCGGGCGCAAGGCGUGACUCCGGCCACUGCGGCCACUUCUGGCCUGACCCAGCAAGCUGUCCUCUUGGGCAACGCCAGCAGCCCUGCUUUGACCGCCAGCCAGGCUCAGAUGUACCUGCGGGCACAGAUGGCUCAGCAGGGUCACCUUGUGCAGGUAGCUCGGAGCCUAGGCCGCGCUGUUCCUUUGUCCCCGCAGCUCAUCUUCACCCCCAGCCCUGCCCCCGCCCAGGCCGAAGGCGCCGGAAACACCCCGCCCACCACCACCUGCGCCCAGGCGCAGCGCCCCCCGCAGGCCUUGGCUCCUUCUCCGUCCCAGCAGCUCCCCACUUUGGCCAUGAAGCCUGCGCCCAACGCCAACAGCCAGGCUUCCUCUUCCUUGGCAGCGGGGCCCCAGGGCAAAGGGCCCGGGGCCAAAGAGCCCCCUUCGGAGCACCUCCGGAAGGCAGAGGCGGGCGCGGGAGGGGGCGGCGGGGGCACCAGCAACGGGACGGGGGGGGCCCCCGAAGGAGGAGGAGUACGAGGUCCCGCUCCCAACCGGACGACAAGCAUUGCCAACACCCACCCCCUCAUUGCGCCAGCGUUUGCUCCGCUCCAGUCCCACCAGUUUGUGUCUCAGCAGCCCAAGGCAGCCCAGCACCAGUUUGUCAUCCAGCCGCAGCUACAGCCUCGCUCCACGCAGCCUAUGCCGCCCUCGUCCUCUUCCUCCCAUUUGCCGAACCCGGGGCCGACGUCCAUACAAGGCUGUCACCCUCACAAGCCGGGCAGUGGUGCCAGCGCCAGCCCCUCUUGCUUGCAAGCCACCCAUAACGCCAGGCCCGCGGCUGCAUUGCAGAGGCAAGAAGCGAGCUCCUCCGUCCGGAGCGGCGGGUGUCCCAACCACACUGCCCAGCGCAAGGUCGCCACCCACCAAGCGCAGGCACCGGCUGGGACGGAAACUCCCCAGAAAGAGGCCACAGAGAAGCUGCCCCCCGCAGACCCCCCGGCCCCGCCCCACACCACCCCCAGCCCCACGCCGGACCCCGGAGCCGCCGGGACCCCCCACCACGACGCUGCUGCCCCGGAGGGCCCGGUCCCGCCCCCGCCUGCCCGCAGCCCCGGCGGAGGCAUGACCUCGGGCAACGGGACGUCUGCCUCCAGCGUCGCCGGCGCCGCCCCCCAGAACGGGGAGAGCCACAAGCCCCCGCAGGCCGUCGUCAAGCCCCAGGUCCUCACCCACCUCAUCGAGGGCUUCGUCAUCCAGGAGGGCGCCGAGCCUUUCCCGGUGGGCCGCUCUUCGCUGCUGGUGGGGAGCCUGAAGAAGAAGUAUGCGCAGGCCCUUCUGGGGGAGAAGGCACAGUCCCCGCAUCCGCAGCCACAUCAGCAGGACAACAACACCACCACCACCGACUCCGAGAUGGAGGACCCCUAUUUGCAAGAAUCCAAAGACGAAGGGUCUCCCCCCAAGUUGAAGUGCGAGCUCUGCGGCCGCCUCGACUUCGCCUACAAGUUCAAGCGCUCGAAGCGCUUCUGCUCCAUGGCCUGCGCCAAGAGGUACAACGUGGGCUGCACAAAGCGCGUGGGGCUCUUCCACCCGGACCGGAACAAGCCUCCGAAGCAGAGCGCCACGCCACACAACCGGCGCCGGAACAGCAAGACCUCCCUGCCGGUGCUCGGCAAGGAGAGCAAGAAACAGGUGUCGCCCGCGUUGCCCCCCACCUCGGGCCCGGGUCCCUUGCAACAGCAGCAGCAGCACCUGUCCCGGGCGGCCCAGGAGGACUCCAGCCGCGGCUCCGACAACUCUAGCUACGAGGAGCCGCUCUCCCCGCUCUCGGCCAGCUCCUCCACCUCCCGCCGCCGCCGCUGCCCCUCCGAGCGCGAGGUGGAGCUGACCGACGUCCGCGUGCGCGACCUGGUGGCCAUCGGGCACCACUUCCUGCCCAGCGAGCCCCACAAGUGGAACGUGGAGGACGUCCACGAAUUCAUACGCUCCCUUCCCGGCUGCCAGGAGAUUGCGGAGGAGUUCCGCGCCCAGGAGAUUGAUGGGCAGGCGCUGCUGCUGCUGAAGGAGGACCACCUCAUGAGUGCCAUGAACAUCAAGCUGGGCCCGGCCCUCAAGAUCUACGCCCGCAUCUGCAUGCUGAAGGACUCCUAGGCGGCCCCUCUGUUCUGGCCGCCGGCACUCGAGCACAAUUCCCCCCUUGGGAGCGGGGGGUGGUGUACAUACAUAGGUAGCCUUAGCUUCCCUUCCUCUCCUCCUCCUUUUCCUCUUCCUCCUCCUCAGGUGCAAAAGAUGCCAUUUUCGGGGGGAACGCCGCGUGCGUCUCGGCCUCCCCUGCUUUUUGUAUCAGAAGCUGGAUCGGACACAACCUACUUGAAACCUCAGAAAGCCAAACAGGACCGUUGCCUUAACUUUUUUUGUAUCGUGUAGGCGUGCGUGUGUGUGCGUGUGGUGCCGCUUAGUGCCCUCCUCCCCGUCCCUUUUUUUAGGGGUCCGUAGCGAGUUUAGGGUCCUCAUUUGGGUCAGGAGAGCAGACAGGGUCAAAGCGGCCGCUGCGGGGGGCUCGACGCUCAUGACUUGUUGGAGAGGGUCGACUCUUCGGCUAGCUUCCGGACCAGGUUUGCUCCCUUCGCGGCCUUAACAGGCCCCUCACGACUCUCGCCCUCCACUCCCUCCCUCCUUAGCAUCAUAGAUUUGGAAGACUAUUCCUUCCCUCGGCCUCGUUUUCUGUUGACACAGGCUAGAAUUGCAUUGGCCUUUUUCGCUGCCGCAUCACACCGUCGGCUGAUGCUCCUCUUGAGGUCUCCAUUUGGUCUCCUAGAUCCAUUUCAGCAUUAUCAUUCAUCCUCCCCUCAGUCUAGACACUUGAAUCCUAAGGCUGAAGUUUAGGAUUGUAUUGGCCUUUUCUGCUGCAGCAUUACACUUUUGGCUAAUAAUAAUAAUAAUAAUAAUAAUAAUAAUAAUAAUAAUAAUAAUAAUACCUUCUUCAUGGUCUAUUAAGACUUCCAGAUCUCAUUCAGUCACUUCCCUGGGCAUUCUAUUCCUAUGAAUGCAGUCUAGGAUUGCAUUGGCCUUUUCUGCUGCAGCAUCACACUCUUGGCUUGUUGUUGUUGUUAUUAUUAUUAUUAUUACUAUUAUUAUUAUUAUUACUUUGUUCAUGACCUAUUAAGACUCCUAGAUCCCUUUCAAUGACUUCCCUAGACUCUGUUUUCCUAUGGAUGCAGCCUAGGAUUGCAUUGGCCUUUUCUGCUGCAGCAUCACACUCUUGGCUCAUAAUAAUAAUAAUAAUAAUAAUAAUAAUAAUAAUAAUAAUAAUAAUAAUUCUUUAUUCAUGGUCUCUUAAGAGUCCUAGAUCCCUUUCAAUGACUUCCCCAGACGUUCUAUUCCUAUGGAUGCAGCCUAGGAUCGCAUUGGCCUUUUCCACUGCAGCAUCACACUCUUGGCUCAUACUAAUAAUAAUAAUAAUAAUAAUAAUAAUAAUAAUAAUAAUACCUUCUUCAUGGCCUAUUAAGACUCAUAGAUCCCUUUCAAUGACUUCCCCAGACAUUAUAUUCCUAUGGAUGCAUCCUAGGAUCGCAUUAGCCUUUUCCGCUGCAGCAUCACACUCUUGGCUCAUCAUAAUAAUAGUAAUAAUAUUAUUAUUAAUGUCUUCUUCGUGGCCUAUUAAGACUCCUAGAUCCCUUUCAAUGACUCCCCCAGACAUUAUAUUCCUAUGGAUGCAUCCUAGGAUCGCAUUGGCCUUUUCUGCUGCAGCACCACACUCUUGGCUCAUCAUAAUAAUAGUAAUAAUAAUAAUAAUAAUAAUAAUAAUAAUAAAUACUAAUACCUUGUUCAGGGUGGAUUAAGGCUUCCAGAUCCCUUUCAUGCGAUAUCAUGACUUCCCAUGGAUGCCGCCCAGGAGCGCCUUGGCCUUUUCUGCUGCAGCCCCACGCCCCGGCCUCGAGGCCCUCCUUCGGCUCCUGGGCCCCUUCCCUUGGCUUUGUUCCCCGCCCCGUUCCUCGAGGCCGGCCAGGCAGGGCAAGGCAGGAGGAGCCGGUUUUCUCCCCGGAAGACAGACAGACAGACAGAGCUGGGCUCAGGUGCAUCAGGUUGCAGGAGCGCUGCAGCUGAGCUGCGCCUCCCCCUUUUUUUGGGACUCCCACCCGCCCGCGGCUCCGGCCCCGGAAGAAUUUCUACUGUUUCCAACGGCCCCCAGACCCUUGGUUUUUUAAAAUAAAAGCUCACUUUUACAGAAA